AUGACUAAUCUGAUCAAUAGCAGAAGAAAUAUCAUUGUGUGGCUAAUGUUCGUGUUAUCAUCGUUGGCAUUGUGUCGCGCUGGUAAAAGGGAAUAUCGUAUGUUCUAUUCCCAUCCUGGUGAAACUCAGCCGGUAACCAUUGAAGCCGCCAUUGGGGAUUCCUUUAAUAUCACCUGUUACAUGAAUCCCAAGGCAUUUCCGGGCAAAAACUCCAGCAGUUUACAUUUCGUCAAUGGCCGUACCAAUGAGGUGCUGCCGCGGGAGAAUAUUCUAAUCCUCAAUAGCUCAAGCAUAGUCUAUAUGGUACGCAAUGCCAGUGAACAGCAAACGGAAUAUCGUUGCAAGUGUGGCCCUGAUGCCAUCAUGGAGACCAAAGUGUUUGUGGGCACUGCCCCAAAGGCGGUGACAAAUUUCAGCUGCAGCAGUUAUGAUUUCGAUCAUAUGAUUUGUAAUUUCACCAAACCACCCAAUCCCAUACUGACCACCUACAAUGUCUCCUUUUACAAUGACAUGCCGAAUUACAUAUUCCAACCCGAUUGUAACUACGAUGAUCGCAGUCUGGUCGUGUGCAAUAUCUCACUGAAAGAUCGCAAUCAGGAAUUCUAUCAUUUUAUUAUCGAAUCAAAAAAUGCCUUGGUCAGGGAGGGCGAUCGGCCCCUAACUCAAUAUUUUGCCAUAAACAACUUCGAAGUAAUGAUACCCUCAAGGCCGGGUGAAAAUAUACGCAUCGACAAUAUCUCCGUUGAUGGUAUACGUCUAACCUGGCAAAUGGUAAAAUGGGAAAAAUAUCGCAAUAAAGGUCUACAAUGGGAGGUGUUGAUUGAACCGGAAAAUGCCACAACAAUACGUGGUGAUGCACCAUAUCGCGAUCAUAAUGAAAUGAAGUUACGUGUAACAAAUUUACCCUAUGCCUAUUGGCAUUAUGAUUUAAAGUUGCGGGUGCGUGUUAAACAUCCCAAAGCGCAAUGGAGUGAUCAAUUUGUAUUGCCAUUUCGUACGGCUGCAAAAAGGCCACAGAGGCCGCCACGCAUGGAUCCGGGUAGUUUUUAUAUUAAUUCAGCUGAGACAAUGGUCACGGUGUAUUGGGAGGAGUUGCCGACGUUUGAAUAUAAUGGAGAUAAUUUUACGUAUGUGGUACGUUCGAUACGACGGGAUGGAAAUUUUAUUGAUUUGAGGCCCAUUACAAUGGAACACAAUCUCGCAGUAUUUCCAUGGCGCAAAACCUCACGUUAUGAAUUUGAUAUUGGUAGCCGUAAUCAUAUGGGAGAUUCUCUGGAAACAAGUCGCCUAAUUAUCUAUCCCUUUGAUAAAACCAAUGCUCGGCAUCAUACACCACGAGAUAUUAAUAAUGUCUAUCAUGCCAAUAAUCGUACAUAUACACUGACCUGGUCCAAGCCACCAAGGGCAGUGGGUCUUAAAAGCUAUACUGUGUUUUGGUGUUACCCGAAAAGGGCACUGCCCAAUGAAUGUAAAGAAUCAAUGCACUUCCAGGAAGUCCCUGCAACGCAAUUAAAUUUCACCACCGAAAAACAAAAUCCCCAUGAGGAACACACCCUGAAUUUGGCAGUUUCCGCCAAUUAUGAUACCUUCAAUACCGGCCUCCACUGGACAGCCUGUACCAUGGAUGUAAAUAGUGAUUUGGUGAAAGCUGAUCCUGAACUAACCUCAAUGAGUAAUAGUAUUAAGGUACAAUGGAGUGUUGAACGUGUUUGUACAUCGAUAUUAUUAGGUUUUAAUUUAACCUAUUGUGAGGUGGCCGAUAAUGUACCCGCCGACAAUGCCACAUGUUUAGAUCACCCCCACACGGUGACAUUGGCAAAGAAGGAUAAAGUCUAUAAUAUUGAGGAUUUGAAACCCUUCACAAUGUACAAAGUAUCGAUGUAUAUGUUUUCACGUAAUAAAGUGGGUAAACCCAGUGAUCCACAAUUGAUGCGUACCCUUGAGGGUGCACCAUCACCACCCAGACACCUUAAAGUUUAUAAUGUUACCAAGGAUAGUGCAUGGAUUAAAUGGAUGGAACCGAGCCAUAAAAAUGGCCAUAUACGAAAAUAUAUAAUUAUGUUGAAUAAUGAUCGUUUUGAGGUGAAUGGCAGUACUUUGGAGUAUCCAUUGACGGAUUUGGAAACAUUUACCUCGUAUAAGGUGUAUGUGUUGGCACAAACCGUGGAAAUAUCCGAUACCAGUAAUGAUGUACAUUUUACAACGGCCAUUGGAGCCCCCACACCACCCGGCCAGGCAGCAACAGCAAAAAAUUCCAGCAUUAUCCAGUGGAGUAAACCCUUGAAACCCAAUGGCCGUUUGGAAUUCUACGAAGUUAUGGUUACCCAGAAGCGUAACAAUGAUGUGAUACGACGUAAAAAAAGUAUCAUAAUGGGUGGUGGGGAGACAUCGUGCGCAUUUCAAGAACCCGAAUGUAUUGGUGCCGAAUAUAAAACCGUGGUUGAGGUACGAGCGGUGAAUGCUGCCCUCUUGACACAUGAGGUGCCCUCCGGUAUUCUUUUGGAAUUCGCGGAAAGUUAUAGCAAUGAUAUCAACGAUAUCUUUAGCAAUGAUAAUGAAGAUUUAUCUUGUGGUGCGGCCAUAGCUGAUGGUACAAGGGCGGCCUUUGAAAUUCAACGUUAUUUUAAUAGAUCCGUGUAUCAUUUGUAUAAAUCACCCUGGCAGAUAUUGGAAACAAAUUCAUGUUCGGCAAGUGCAUUGAGUAAAAUUACCACCAUAGCAUUGGUGGUGAUUGCCAUGUCAUUGGGUGUUAUGGCCGCUUUGUAUAUGGCCCGUAAGAAAUACAAUAAAAUGGCUAAUAUUCAGUGUACUUUACCAGCUGGACUGGAAAGUUAUUUCACCAAAGAGAAUACAGGUGGGGGAUUUACGUCGGCGGCUGGAGUUCCUGCUACACAUGUGGAAAAAUCUUUGGAUUUGGCAAGUAAAGAAGCCGAGUGGCUAAGUGCUGGACGCAUGCAUGAAUAUAAUUUCCGUAAUGAACAUCAUCAUUUGUUGGCCUCGUUGGGUAAUGAUUCGGGGUAUUUGGGAGCGGGUGGUGAAAGAGGCCUUUGUGGUGGCAGUUCUACGGGUAAUGAUAAUAUGGCGGAUAAUUGUGAGAUAAUGGAUAAGGAAAAGAACAUAUCAUCCUCAGUGGAUUCUUUGGUGGAAAGUACAAGCGAUGAAUCGGAGUCAUCAUCUAUGCCACCACACCACUCCAAGGUGGUGGAACAUACUCCCCUAAACAAUGAUAGUGGUUAUAUAAAACAUUCUCUAAUACAGCCAUGGCAGGCAUUUGAUGAGCAAAAUAUCAUGACAACAAAUGUUGGGGGUGGAGGUGGUGGUGGCUAUAUUUCAGUGCAAAGUUUACAGGCCUUACAACCCCCCACAUCAGCAGCAGUAGCUCCUGCACCCUUAUCUUCCGCAACAACAACAAACCCGAAUAAUGGCAAUGAAACACAAUUUGUGGGAGGUGUUGGAGGAGGUGCGGCUGGUGGUGGUUAUACCACCUUGGAAGAUUUGGCUAAAUUACAACAACUAACAAAUCCUUCGAUGCAAGUGGAAAUACCCACCAACCCCGCCUCAGCUAAUCAACUCACAAAUGAAAGUUCCAAAACCACAAAUGCCAACUCCCAGAUGGCGGCGGGGGGUGGCGGCCUAAUUUCAGGUUAUGUCACCCAACAAGAUCUGAAUAUAUUUGGUCAACAACAGCAGCAACAAUAA